AUGCGCGACAACUGUGGUAGCAAAAAGAUCUUUGGAAAGCAGUUGCCCUGUCCCGACAACGGCCCCGCUGUGGAGCCGGAUAAAGAAUUACGGGAGCUGCUCGUGUCAACAUGUGGACCCACCUACGAGCAUUCCAAGGCCUGUUGCAGUCAGGACCAGCUCGAAAACCUCAUAGCUUCCACAAAGCAGGCAUCGCCCAUGAUCUCCGCCUGCCCCGCCUGUUGGGCCAACUUCCAGAACUUCUUCUGCACCUUUACCUGUUCGCCCAACCAAUCCACAUUCUUGAACGUCACAGAAACCGGACUAUCAGUUGACAAGAAACCUGUCGUCACCAGGCUCGAUUUCAUCGUCUCGGAUCAGUAUGGCUCUGGAUUUUAUGAUUCUUGCAAAGACGUCAAGUUUGCCGCGACCAAUGGAUAUGCUAUGGAUAUGAUUGGAGGCGGCGCCAAGAAUUGGAGAGAGAUGGUCGCUUUCAUGGGAACAGAACGCGAUAUUGGCUCGCCCUUUCAGAUCGAUUUCCCAAUCGACGAUCCCACAGGAGUCCUGAAGCCGUUCGAUGGCAUUACUCGGCAGUGUAACGAUACGGAUGUGCAAUACCGAUGCGCUUGUGUCGACUGCUUGCCCGUGUGCCCAGUUCUACCACCAACAUCGGAUGAGAAACCCCCUUGCAGGGUCUUUGGAGUGUCAUGCUGGAGCUUUUCCCUGACGUUUAUCUACACGGUGACCCUUGCAGCAGCGAUUGGCAUGUUUGCGAUUCGCAAGAAAAUUUCAGCUGGAGACCUGAUUGGAUUCGAGCCCGUAACGCGUCAUGAUGAGGAUGAGGACGAAGACAGCCAGCAUCUUUUGGAUCCAGAUCAAUACACAAGCCGAUACGUUGUCAGCGCCCUUCUUCAAGAGUGGUUCUAUCAUCAGGGGCGUCUCUGCGCCAAACAUGCCUGGAGGACCAUUGCCAUCUGCUUCGGCCUCGUCGCCUUCUUUUCUGUUGGAUGGUCCCGUUUCGGCGUGGAGACAGACCCCGUCAAGCUGUGGGUCGCGCCGGACUCGAUCAGUGCGACUCGAAAGGCGAUCUUUGACCAGAACUUCGGACCAUUCUACAGGACUGCACAAGUUAUUGUCUCGUAUAAGGACGGCGCGAGCCCUAUCGCGGAUGAGCAAUCCUUCAGGCGACUUUUCAUGAUCAACGACCACAUCAAGGCUCUCCAGACUGAAAGGGGUGUAAUGUUGAACGACAUCUGCUUUCACCCUACAGGAGACGAGUGCGUGAUUCAAUCACCCACAGGAUACUGGCAGGAUGACAUUGACAGGUUCUCGAGUUCGUGGAAGGACGAGUUUGAAGGAUGUACCAACAACCCUGCUGAUUGUUUACCAGAGUUUCAGCAACCACUCAAGCCAGAUAUUAUUCUGGGUGGUUUCGAAGAUGAGGACUAUCUUAGUGCCAAGGCAUUUAUCAUCACUUACGUCAUUCAGAACUCGGUCGACAAUGAGGUUACGGAAAGGGCACAUGAGUGGGAGCUCCGUUAUUUGGAAUUCAUGGACGAUCUAGUUCACAAUCGGAUCAAGGACAUUCGAACUGAGGAUUUACGCAUCUCUUACUCGUCCGAGUCCUCGCUGGAGAUUGAGCUGAACAAGUCGAGCAAUACCGACAUCCGCACAGUGGUCUUGUCCUAUCUGGCCAUGUUCCUGUAUGCCUCGCUGGCGUUGGGUCGGUUUCAGCUUUCGUCGCCCAAAAGAAUAGUCAUCGAUUCCAAGUUCACGCUGGGCAUGAGUGGCAUCUUUAUCGUAUUGGCUUCAAUCUCAACAUCUGUGGGCAUCUUUUCCUUCCUGGGCUACAAGAUUACGUUGAUUAUCGCCGAGGUCAUCCCAUUCUUGGUCUUGGCCGUUGGUGUCGAUAACAUUUUUAUUCUCUGUCACGAGUUUGAGCGGCGCAAGAUGAAUCAUCCCGAGGAAACCAUCGAGGAGUGUGCAGGACGCACUCUGGGAAGGAUGGGUCCCAGUAUCCUCCUGAGCGCACUCAGUGAGACAAUUGCAUUUGCACUUGGGGGAAUGGUAACGAUGCCUGCGGUUAGCGUCUUUGCCAUGUAUGCGGCCAUGGCGGUUUGGGUGGACUUCUUGCUCCAAGUGACUGCGUUCGUAUCAUGCAUCGCCCUGGAUGCUCAAAGGACGGAGGAAGACCGCGUCGAUUGUAUGCCUUGUCUUCUGAUCUCUCCAGCACCGCAAGCAAUCGAGACCGAGGGGAUAUUGCCCGCCUGGGUACGCAAGUACUAUGGACCCCUGAUUUUGAACAGCUCGGUCAAAAAGAUUAUCAUUGCAAUGUUCCUUGGAUUGUUGACCGCUGGACUAUGUCUUUUGCCCAGCUUGGAGAUUGGCCUCGAUCAACGACUGGCCCUACCAAAUGACUCGUACAUGGUGCAGUUCUUCAACGAUCUCGACGGAUAUUUCCGCGUCGGACCCCCGGUUUAUUUUGUUGUUCAGGACGUUGACACCACUACUCGUCACGGUCAGCAGCAGAUUUGUGCUCGCUUUUCGACAUGCUCCGAUUCCUCUAUCGCCAAUGUACUAGAGCAGGAGCGUAAGCGACCUCAGGUCUCCUAUAUCGAACAGCCAGCGGCCGUCUGGAUCGAUGACUUUUUGCACUGGCUUAACCCCGCAUUCGAGAGCUGCUGUAGCUUCAGAAAGAGAGACCCGCGCAAACCCUGCGGACCAUGGGAUGACGAGGACGACUGCAACGUCUGUUAUGCAAAUAAGGAUCCUGGAUGGAAUAUUUCGAUGAAUGGUCUGCCUGAGGGAGAGGAAUUUAUGAAGUACCUAGAUAUCUGGAUGAAGGCGAACCCGGACGAAUAUUGCCCCUUGGCCGGAAAAGCUGCUUAUGGAGAUGCAAUCAAAUUGAAUGCGGCAGGCAAUCGAGUCAAGAUGUCGCACUUCAGGACAUAUCACACUCCGAUGAGAAACCAGCAUGAUUUCAUUGCUGGAUACAAGAGUGCACACAGGAUCGCGGAUCAAGUAUCAGCAGAAACCGGUGCGACUGUGUUUCCAUAUUCAGUCUUCUACAUCUUUUUCGAGCAGUAUGUCGGCAUCAUCCCAUUGACCCUCAGGCUGUUGGUGGUGGCCAUGGUAUCAGUUGGACUGGUGACAGCAGGUAUCUUGGGCAGCGUCAAAGUGGCAUGUGUGGUCGUGGGAGUCGUUGGCAUGAUUAUGGUCGAUGUGGUGGGCGCCAUGGUACUGAUGGGCGUCUCUUUAAACGCCAUCUCGCUCGUGAACCUCGUCAUUUGCGUCGGUAUCAGUGUCGAGUUUUGCUCCCAUAUUGCUCGAGCGACUGUUGAAGCUGAAGGAAGCCCUGACGAGCGCGUCUUUGGGGCCCUUGUCGAAGUCGGCAGCUCUGUACGUACCUCCCCAUGCUUCGUUGAUCAAUCAAUUCACUUUCUUUCAGUUCCGAUUCUGUGCACUAACAAAAUCUGCUUUCAAAUUUUGCUAGGUUUUCUCGGGUAUCACUCUGACAAAGUUCCUUGGAAUCUUUGUGCUGGCGUUCACGCGAUCCAAGAUCUUUGA